AUGGCCGACGCGACUGAGGAGUUGGGUAUCUCCCCGCACGGCUACCGACGGAAGUUGCGGGUACAUAGAGCGACUCAAAGCUUCACUUUCGUGGCACGGCCCCAGAACUGCUAUGCAGAGCCUGAGCAGACGUCGUGCCGAAGUAGAGCAUUUUUGCAGAUGAGAGCAGGAAUGUUCAUCGAGCAGUGCCCCUGGUGGGCGGCGUCUACUGCCGAUUCCAAGAAGGGGCAUCAUCGCAUGCCGCGAGAUCAUCGCACCCGUGCUCGCUUCUGCGAUCUCUGA